CCUAUUUAGCCUCUGUACUCCUACGGUUGUGACUUGCCGAGUCCAUUUUUAGUUGAAUCAAGGCCAAAAUACAGGAGCUAUUGGCUCCGCGGCGUUCGUCGCCGAAAAUCACUGUUCAUCUUCCUCCUCGGGUUCCCUGUGUGUGUGAGCGUUAGACAGAGCGAGGCAAGGUGUAGGCAGGUGGAACGUGCGUUCCUGGGCGUAGCCAACACCUCUCCCGCUCCCGGGCACGCACGACGCCGAGCAGCAGCAGCGGGGUCAGGCCCGGCGCGCCCGGUCAGGGCAUUUCACCCCGGGCGGCGCCAUCUCAAAAUAACAGGGGGAGAGGAGGAGGAUCCUCAUUCCCCUUGCUCUGCUUGCUGCCCUGUUCCUGAUUCUGUUUUUUUUUUGAAGUCUGUUCCUGAUUCUGUUGCGUUCUGCUGAUCUUGGCGGGCGGGUGGUUGGUGUUUGCCUCAUCAACUCAGUAUAGGUGGGGCCCAGCGCUCGGCCCGUUCUCUGUUCCCUCCCGUCCGCCCGGCGGCAGUUCCGCGAACACCACAAAUGUUACGUCACCGUCAUCGCCAUCGCGCGUACGCCCUCGCUCCACGCGCGGCCGGCCACCUUCGACCGCAUGCGCCGCUCCCCAUCGUCGCCCACUCGCCCUCACAGCUCGCCGUGCCACCGCCACUGCUCCACUCGGCCGGCACUACCGGACGCCUUCUUCAAGAUCCCGUCCAGCCCAGUUCACGGCGACGAUCUCCUAGAAAGGCGGCCACGCGGCGGGGCCCAGCAUGUCGUCGACCCGAUCAUCGCAGCGUCCCCCGCCAUGCUGAGCCUCCAGCACCUCGUCGCCCUCGAGACCGACCCCCUGCAGACAGGGUGCUGUGGUGUCCAUGACUUUCAUCAGAGGCGGCGAGUAUGGACACAGCCACACAGGACACCAAGCCAAGCCAGUGGCAUAAGGUAAUGCAGUUAAUUUCCCCAGAUAACCCAUCUCGAAGGAACUAUAAGGUAUCUUCUCUGUCAGCAAAUUGUAGGCAUUACCUUUUCUGUAUUUGAAAAAUGCAACAUUCAGUUACCCUUUGCAUACUUAAUUGUUCUGACAAUAAUCGUGUAGAUAGGAAUGUGUCACCAAUUUCUUUCUAACUGAAAUCUUCAUGAAUACAUGCAAAGCUACUUACACCACUGCACUACUUAAACCAAACUCAGAUGUAAUAUCUAAAUUUGCCUAAAAUGCAAGUGCAUCAGUGCUAUCUGUUUCUAUUUUCUUGGAGUCAGAAACCACAAGUUUUUUCUUGUGAAAUUAGUACUAAAUUUUCCUAACAUGCAAGUACAUCAAUGCUAUUUGUUUCUAUUUUCUUGGCAUCAGAACCACAAAUUUUUCUCAUGCAAUUAGUACUCUAAUUAGUACCUUGGUAUUCAUCCUUAACUAGUUUGUAUGCUACAGGAUAACAGUCACAGGUAGGAGACAGUGACAAAUUAGAAGCACAGAACUAUAAGGGUGUCGUUGUUUGUUCAGUUAACUUUUUUGUGUUUAGGUUAGAUGCAAAUCAAUGCCUCACGAACUUUUUUAUUUCUAUGUUCCCCUAUGUAUCUUGCUGAAGAUACAACCAUUUGCAUUGAUAUGUAGUAUAAUUAUUGUUAUGCUUAAGUCGGAACUAUUUUAUUGCAUAGUUUUUCUUGUGACAUGAAAUUGUGAUGUGAUACUAUUUUACAUUAUCUUUGCACAAUAAACCAAGUAAUUUAUGAUUUUCUUUUUGCUCCCGUUGCAACGCACAGGCACUUACCUA